UACAUUGGUGGUGUUACAAUUGAUGGCACUACAUGGUUUAUAAGUAACCCUAAGAUUUCAGGGUGGGCCGCUUUGGCCCUCAAGGUCCACUGUUCUGCAGAGUUUAGCUCCAACCCUAAUCAAACACAUCUGAAAAACCUUACCAAAGUCUUCUGGUUUACAGGCAGGUGUGUUUGAUCAAGGGCUUGGAGCUAAAUUGUGCCACACAGUGGAUCUCGAGGGCCAGAUACUGAUUCCCUCCAAAGUACUGAAAUCAAUGUGUUCAGGUCUCCCACUCUUUUUAACUUUGGCUAUAUUUUCAUUUAAUUUGUUGAGCUUUUUGGGUUAGAAACAUCUCUGUGUUUAUAUUGUAAAACAACAGAACAGUUGAACUCCCAAGAUCACAGCAAGGUGACUCACCAAGCCAGUGUGUUUCUCCAACAAUACGUCACUGAUGAAAAACAUCAUCUAUGUUAUGAUUAUAAAGCAUAUUUAGUGACAAACUAAGAUGUUUCCAAAAUCUCACAGGGUUGACAGUAAUUGUGAAAAGAUGCACCAGCCUCGCUCUUUCAGUUCCACAUCCAGAGUCGGUCACUCUUGUUGUAAGUCCUGGACUCUUGGCACAGGUUGUGCUGAAUCAUGGGAUAUGGAACAAAGCACGGCUGGGCGAAAACUGACAACUAAUGAAAUAACUUUGUGGGGUAUCAAAAGAAAAGGGAGGGUAGGAUGGCGAGGGGUGAGGAUGUUUGGCUGGUACUUCUUCAGCCCUCCCAGUGCCAGCCGGUCAGCCUAUUAGGACCUGACUAUGAGGGUUUUCUGGACAGAGACAUGUUUUGGCAGUGUUUCCGCCCCUGAGCUUGCAGUAUAUAUUGAGCUCCUGAUGCCUCCCCACAGCGACUGGCACAUCCUGGAGCUGCUCAUCACACUCAUCCUGGUUCACUAUGGCAACUGAUCACCAGAACCCUGCAAGCAAACAAAAACAACCAGUUGCCAGUAACUUCAAGUUGGUCAUCUACGAACAGGAAAACUUCCAAGGCCGCUGUCAUGAGCUGACUGAGCCCUGUAACAACAUCCAGGAGGCGGACGUGGCGAAAGUGGGCUCCGUACUGGUGCUGUGUGGACCGUGGGUGGGAUAUCAGCAGCCUGGCUGUAAGGGGGAACAGUAUGUGUUUGAGAAGGGUGAGUAUCCUCGCUGGGACGCCUGGACCAACAGCAGACGCAGUGACUGCAUCGUCGCCUUCCGCCCCAUCAAAGUGGACAGCCAGGAACACAAGAUCGUACUCUAUGAGAACCCGAGCUUCACUGGGAAGAAGAUUGAGAUCAUAGAUGAUGAUGUCCCCAGCUUCCACGCUCAUGGAUACCAAGAGAAAGUCUCUUCAGUUCGUGUGCAGAGUGGCACCUGGGUGGGCUAUCAGUACCCAGGAUACAGAGGCUACCAGUACUUGUUUGAGAAAGGAGAGUUUAAGGAGUGUUCUGAGUUUGGGGCCGUGCUGCCUCACAUCCAGUCUGUGAGACGCAUCCGUGACAUGCAGUAUCACCCAAGAGGGGCCUUCCAAACCUCCACCUGAGUGACCGGCGCUUCUCCUCAAACCCUGGCGCUUCUGAAACGCCCCAUCCUUGCCUUACUCUUCACCUCUGAAUGCUUAUCUUUGACCCUUUAACUUGUCAGUGAUUCUAUUUGCUACUGCUGAGAAAUAAAUAAGUGAUUUUGCGUUACGAGAGUUUCGGAGCAUUUAUUUGGGCACUCACUCUUUUACAAGUGCAUUGGACUUUUUGAAAUCCACAUUUGAUUGAGUCU